GUCCGAAUUAUAACAUUCAUUAUUCAUCAUCGCACGCUCUCAUUAUUUUACUCCGCGUCUUUUUCUCUCCCAAAAGGCUUCUUUUCGAGUGAAAGAAAAAGCUUAAGAGAAGCGGCAGAAAAUGGCCGAUCAGCUUACCGACGACCAGAUCUCUGAGUUCAAGGAGGCCUUUAGCCUCUUUGACAAGGACGGCGAUGGUUGCAUUACUACCAAGGAGCUUGGGACUGUGAUGCGAUCACUUGGGCAGAACCCUACAGAGGCAGAACUCCAAGAUAUGAUUAAUGAAGUUGAUGCUGAUGGAAAUGGGACCAUUGAUUUUCCUGAAUUCCUUAACCUGAUGGCAAGGAAGAUGAAGGAUACUGACUCAGAGGAGGAGCUUAAAGAGGCAUUCAGGGUGUUUGACAAGGACCAGAAUGGUUUCAUAUCCGCAGCUGAGCUUCGUCAUGUGAUGACAAAUCUUGGUGAGAAGCUUACAGAUGAGGAAGUUGAUGAGAUGAUCCGUGAAGCCGAUGUUGAUGGUGACGGGCAAAUCAACUAUGAGGAGUUCGUCAAAGUCAUGAUGGCCAAAUAAUCACUUGUCCAAUCAAAAUCAAGAUCCGAAACUUGGAAAAAAAAAAAGGGAACAGGGCAGAUAAGUUCGCUAAUGUUUCUAUUUUUCAAUAAGACAUCUAUGUUUUUAUGUUACUAUGUUUUUAUGUUUCUUGUUUGCAUUAUUUUGUGGACUGGACCUUAGUAUCCUACUUGUUUGCUCUGUUUUUUUGUUCAAUAGUCUUUGUUGUUAGUGUCUAUCUUUUAAGUUUGGUGCUCUAAUUUCCAUUCUUGGUGCCA